AUGGAUCAAUUAAAGGGAAAGGCUAGAAAACUACUGUUAAACCCGCUUAAACUAAAACAAAGUAUGGAAAGGGCCAUCAAGGGUAAAAUCAGGGAGGCUCCCAUCGAGGUCUUAAAGGUUUCUAAAGAUACAAUCCCAAAUAGUCCAAAGGUUCUCUUAACUAGAUCUAAAGGCCUUAAAGAGUCUUAUCGAGGGCAUCCAAGGUCCAAAGGUUCCUCGUCGCCCGUAGGCGACUCGUCGCCCGUAGGCGACUCGUCGCCCGUAGGCGACUCCUCUCCCAAAUCAACUCCUAAGCUCAUUCAGCCAGUUCAAGGUAAGGUAAACGCUCACUCGCUAAGUCUAAAAGGUUUCAAGGCUCAUCUCAAAGGUCCUAGGCUAAAAGGUUCAAGAUGGGUGCGACCUCUUUUGAUAAGCGGACUGGGAAAUCUACGUCUUCGUAUCAGUUUGCAACCUUUACUCUUCCCUACUUCACUAAACUUCACUCCCGAUGGUAUCAAAAGGUGGAUUAACAAACAUGAAGGUUCUUCCUCCCGAUAUACUACAACUGUUGACCCCUGUGGCUCUCGCUUAUUGGCUUUGCGGGGGCGGGCGGACGGGCCUGAUAAGGCUACGGCCCGGCAGCUUUCUCUUUUGAGUAAAGGCAUUACAGGUAUGCUUCUAAGGGAUGGCUUUAUUAGCAUGAUGGGACACAAUGCACGUUUCAAAAUUAAGCAAAAGGAUGCAGAGUAUGUUCAGCUUAUUUGGAUUCUCUUUGAUUCUAUAGGUGUAUAG